AUGGAUUUGGAAGAAGAGUUAAGUUUGUUCCAACACGAGGAAACUGUUCCAACAGAAUCAGGUCAACAGUCGCAGACUAAUGGUUCUGCGGAAAGGGAAGGAGAUGAUCUUUUGGGCCUCGAUCAAACGAUCAAAUUAUCCAGCAGAGCCAAAAUAGCCAAGAUUGACAAUGAAAGAAUAUUUAAUAAACUGAAAGGGUUGAAUUAUGUUAUACGGAAUCAUUCAAAAUUGAUAAGGGUAUUUCAAAAAAAUGAUAAGGCAUUACAAAAGACGCUUUCCUCGAAGAAGUCAUCGUUGAGUUCUAAGGCUGUUAGACUGUUGAAACAUGAAAAUGAAUUCAAAAACCUAUCAUCUAUGUUACAAUUCUACCAACUCUGGUGCCAUGGAUUAUUUCCUAAAGCUAAGUUCAAGGACUGUCUACAGUUACUCAGAAGUUUUGGGUCAAAGUCAGGCCAACUUAAACUUUACAGACGUGAAUUAAUAGAACAAGAAUUACGUAAAUUGAAAGAAAACAAAGGUAUAAUGGAUACAGAAAGAAUGGAAAUGCCGGAAACACAGAAUCAGCAGAGUGAGCCAUUGCCAGAAAACCAAGGUCCAGAAGGGAUCCAUGACAUUGCUGACGAUGACUGGAGUUUCAUGAAUACGAACCAAUCUAAUGGGUUGUUCGUUGGAGAAGAUGACGAUUUAUAUCACACACCAACCACACCACCUGCAGAAGCUGUUUCCAGGGACGUUGGUUCUGCCGCUUCUAAUUCGGGGCACAAUGCCUCUCUCGAUGCAGUUAACACGAAAACUAAUGUUCCAGCGAGCUCAAAUGAUUCAGACGACUCAGAUGACCCCUUUUCUGAUGACGAUAUACCUAUUGGGUCGGAGCCUAUGAACAAAUACGAUGAGUAUCCGGAUGAAGAAAUCGAAGUUGACGAUCAUGAACAUGAGGAUGAAUUGGCAAUUAUGAGGGAAAUGGGAAUGUAA